GAUUGAUUGAUUCUUUAGAUCUUCCAUUUUCAGUGCUGGCUUGCUCGGUCUGAGACACGCAUACGCGCAAAUUGACGGCACAGACAUCAGUAAGGAUCUAAGGAAUAAAGAUUGUCUCCUUUAGCUUGACUUUCAAAUCUCUUAAUUAACCACUCAUCAUCCCACCCAUAUUUAUUACUGCUAGCUAGGUAAGGUAGGAUAUCAAAUGCUUUGCCUGAUCACAUCUAGAAGAUAGUGAACACAAUAGAUGUACAUGAUGGGGCAUCCAAACCUGCCUGCAUCUAAGAGAAACACGCGGCAAUGGCGCCUCCUAGAUCUCGUCACCGCUUUCUUUUUCUGCGUUGUCUUUCUCUUCUUCCUCUUCGUCUUCACGCCCCUUGGCGACUCCCUUGCGGCUUCCGGCCGUCAGACCCUACUUCGUUCCGCUGUUGAUCCCCGACAGCGUACCCGUCUCGUCCACCUCAUCGAGUCUGGACACCCACAAACUAUUGAUUCUUGUCCUGCUGAUGCCGUCGAUCACAUGCCCUGCGAGGAUCCGAGGAGGAACAGUCAGCUUAGUAGAGAGAUGAAUUUCUACAGAGAGAGGCAUUGUCCUCUCCCCGAGGAGACGCCUUUGUGCCUUAUUCCUCCGCCUCAUGGGUACCGUGCACCCGUCCAGUGGCCGGAGAGUUUACAUAAGAUAUGGCAUAGCAACAUGCCAUAUAACAAGAUAGCUGAGAGAAAAGGUCAUCAAGGAUGGAUGAAAGAAGAUGGCCCAUACUUUAUUUUUCCGGGUGGUGGUACUAUGUUUCCAGAUGGAGCAGAACAAUAUAUUGAGAAACUCAAGCAAUAUAUUCCCAUAACUGGUGGAGUUAUAAGGACAGCCCUUGACAUGGGGUGUGGGGUAGCAAGUUUUGGUGGAUUUCUUCUGUCUGAGGGAAUUUUGCCUCUAUCUUUUGCUCCAAGAGACUCGCAUAAAUCACAGAUACAGUUUGCACUUGAAAGAGGAAUACCAGCAUUUGUUUCCAUGCUUGGAACUCAUAGACUUCCAUUUCCUGCAUUCUCAUUUGACUUGGUGCAUUGCUCUAGGUGUUUGAUACAUUUUACGGCAUAUAAUUCAACAUAUUUCAUUGAGGUUGAUCGAUUACUUCGACCUGGGGGAUACUUAGUCAUCUCUGGUCCCCCUGUUCAGUGGCCUAAACAGGACAAGGAAUGGGCUGACUUACAGGCUGUCGCUAGAGGAUUAUGUUAUGAGUUAAUUGCUGUGGAUGGGAAUACAGUCAUCUGGAAAAAGCCAAAUGGGGAUUCUUGUCUCCCAAACCAAAAUGAAUUUGGUCUUCAUUUAUGUGAUGAAUCUGAUGAUCAAAAUUCUGCAUGGUACUUCAAGUUAAAGAAAUGCGUUAGCAGGAUAUCUGUUGGAGGAGAUCUUGCUAUUGGGCAAAUUGAAAAUUGGCCUGGUAGGCUAAAUAAAGCUCCUUCAAGGACAUCAGCAAUGAAAAAUGGGAUGGAUGUGUUUGACGCAGACACUAGACGUUGGGCAAGAAGGGUAACAUACUAUAAGAAUGUUUUGGGUGUGAAGUUGGGAACUCCAGCUAUCCGGAAUGUAAUGGACAUGAAUGCUUUUUUUGGAGGCUUUGCUGCUGCAUUAGCUUCUGAUCCUGUUUGGGUGAUGAAUGUUGUUCCUGCUCAUAUGACCUCUACACUAGGGGUCAUAUAUGACAGAGGCCUUAUAGGAGUUUACCAUGAUUGGUGUGAGCCAUUCUCAACAUAUCCUAGGACAUAUGAUCUUAUCCAUGUUAGUGCCAUUGAAACUAUAAUCAAAGAUCAGAGUUCUGGAAAGAGCAGGUGCAACCUUGUGGAUUUGAUGGUGGAGAUUGACAGAAUUCUGCGGCCAGGAGGAACAGUUAUUCUUCGUGACUCCCCAGAAGUAAUAGAGAGAGUUGGUAGGAUCGGUAAGGCAGUUAGGUGGAGUAUUGCUGUUCACGAAAAGGAACCCGAAUCUAGUGGGAAGGAUAGAAUACUCGUGGCAACUAAAGAUUUCUGGUCGCUACCUAAUGGUUCCAACUAGCACAGGUUGUUUGUUUGUAUCGAUCUUGAUUUUGAUGUUGUAGUUCAAUUAUAUUGUUUCUUCGAUCGUCUUCAAGGGUUCUUCUUUAGUCUUUAUAUAUAUAUAUAUAUAUUUACUUAUGAUGUUCUUUCCUCUUUUAAAUUCUGUUUAAUUGUAUGUUUUACAUGAAAAACAAAGAGUACAAAAUCUAGUUUCGGAAAGAGAGGAAUAGGAUGUUGUAUAGAAUGGUAGAGAACAAGUUUUAUGUUUUUUUAAUUUUAAUGUUUCUUACACCAAGCUUAUUCAAUGGUGAAUGAUGUAAUGAAUGGUUGUUUAUAGACAUUGGUAUUUUUUCAAGCUUAAAUUGAAUUAUUGUU